AUGAAAGCUAAACUGCAUAGUGUUGAUAAAAAUUUAAUUGCCAAGCAAAAAUACCAACAGCCAGGACAGCGUAAAAUCAAGCCUCAAGAAAAUGCUCAAGCUCUUGAACUUGACCAAUUUUUAAGCACUCGCCUUUCUUACUCGCUAACAGAAGCGAAUUUAAACCUCUCGCAUGUGGGAAUCCAACUUUAUGAUCCGUUUACAAUAGUUGAUAGCACCCCAAGGUUUAGGACAUUCCUAAAUUUGAAUGAGAAAAAAAAUGGCUGAUGGGAGAAGGACUCAAAGGCAAACUCCCUAUGGAGCAGGUAGGGCAUCUUCAGAUAAAGCUAAAAACAGUGUGUGUAAAUUUUGAACCAGGCCUUUGGGCUCGGUGAUACCUGAGAAGGGGAAAGUUUUAUUUCUUCCAAAGGUUUCCUGCUCCUGUAAAGACUAGACAGGUUUUGCCUACCGCAUAGUCUCUCCUGUUCAGAACUCUGCUCAGCGCUGACCUUUGGGACAGGUGCUUCAUCUCUGAAAUACAAAAUGGCAGUCUACCAUUUUCCAAAAUCAAGAAGACUCCUUUUUGAAGCCGAGACAAGACAAAGGCUAGUGGACUAUCCCACUUAAGCCAGAUUAAUAAUAACUUAGCAUAAAUUCGAAGAUGAUUUCAUUAAGCUCAAAAAGCACCAAGAAUUUAAUGAAAAGAGACCCUUCACAAGUUCUAAGGGCGAAGUCGUAUAGACUCCUCCCAACUGAAAUCGAAAUCGAUGAUAACGAUACAAGACAUUAUGUCUUUUAUGAUGACCUCAGCAGAUCUAGAAGCAAAAAGAAGCUGAGCCCAUUAAAUAUGAAGAGAUCGAAGUCGCCUUAUGCAGCAAACUGGACAAUUAAAAUUAAAGAUGCCAGCAGCUUGCAUGGGACUAAAAAACGAUCAGCGUCAUUUAGAACUCCUACUGGAAACAGAAGCAUGAAAAAGAUAGGGAUUUUGAGGUCAUCAAGCACUGGGAAAAGAACAAAGCCACAAAGUCCUAAUAAAUCUUGUGCAUAG